UGUCUUGAGUGAGGUCAGUGGUCGAACACCAUGUGUGCACUACAAUUCAAACUUAGCACCAAGCGCUUAUUCAACAUCUACCAGACCUCUCUGCGCUUCUUCUCCAGCUCAGUUUCCGACGCCUUCAUUCACCCCUCUGCAAUUGUUCACCCCAAUGCCUUUCUCGGCCAGGGUGUUUCCGUUGGGCCCUUUUGUACUGUUGGGUCGUCGGUGAAGCUCGGAAAUGGCUGCCGGUUACAUCCCGGAAGCCAUGUCUUUGGCAAUACUCAACUUGGGGAGAGCUGCGUUUUGAUGACUGGUGCCAUUGUUGGUGAUGAUAUUCCGGGGCGUACUGUGCUGGGUUGCAAUAAUGUUAUUGGGCACCAUGCUGUGGUUGGUGUGAAGUGCCAGGACAUGAAGUACAAGUCAGGGGAUGAAUGCUUUCUUGAUGUUGGGGACAAUAAUGAGAUCAGAGAGUAUGCUUCAGUCCAUCGAUCUUCAAAGUCAAGUGAUACAACAGUUAUUGGGAAUAACAAUCUUAUAAUGGGUUCCUGCCAUAUUGCUCAUGACUGCAAGGUUGGGAACAACAUCAUAUUUGCGAAUAAUACCCUUUUGGCAGGCCAUGUUGUGGUGGAAGAUUAUGCUCACACUGCAGGGGCUGUUGUUGUUCAUCAAUUCUGUCAUGUAGGUUCUUUCGCUUUCAUUGGCGGUGGCUCUGUGAUUGCACAGGAUAUUCCUAAGUACAUGAUGGUUGCUGGAGAAAGAGCUCAGCUCCGUGGUUUAAACCUUGAGGGUCUACAUCGUCAUGGAUUCACAGUUGCAGAGAUCAGAAGCCUUAGAACAGCUUACCAAAAGAUAUUCAUGCCUGCUGAUGCAAAUUCCAGUGGUUUCGAAGCACGUCUUGCUGAAGUGGAGCUCCACAAUCAAUUGUCUCAUAUACCUGCUGUGUGCUCCAUGUUGCAGUCUAUCCGUGACUCUUUCAAAGAAAAAAGACGUGGACUAUGCAAAUUCAGACAUUGGAAUAGCUCUUAAUAGUGACCCAACUGCUGUUGCAUUUACAAAAACUGAUGGUAUGCCUUGAUAAAAAGGAAGACUCUAGGCUUUGGUUUCCUUUGUAGUGCAGAUUUAUACAGUGACCAUUCUUAGUAUCGGAUGAAUGCGUUGGUGACAGGGUGCAGUACAGAGAAUCAAAGAUAAUUUUCAAAUGCAAACAUACUGUAGAAGAGUUAACUAAAGUUGGCUUGCCAAAUGUUCCUUGUAGAAUUCACUAUGCAUAUCUCAUUCAAUUUAUGAACAUUAAUAGUUUUUUGGUAUUAUGCUGCCUUGUAACAUUGACCUUGAGAUACAAGGGUUGUAGAAUAAAUUUGGUCUCUUAAUUCACAUAAAUUCUUGGAAAUAUUAAUUUAUCCUAUGGU